CUUCACGAGCGCACGCCCCGCGCCGGCCGGUGUGCAUCACAUUUUCACGCGUGCACUCAUCACGUCUCCGACCCCCCUCGAGCAUCAAGAUACUCUGAAAAAGAGAAAAUUACUUUUUGUUCAAUUUUUCUAUUUCAAAAUGAAAUACACUAUGCCUCAAUUAGUUGUAUUCUUUUGAAAGUUCCAAGUGUUCCAAGGUGAUAUUGAGUGUGGUGUUUUUGGAAGUUGUGAUAAUGAUGAGAGAUUAAGUGACAGUGACAUUUGAAAAACUAAGUGACAGGACAUUAAAGAGUCAAGUGUGUGAGGAGAAAAUGCGAAGGAAGUGGACGAGAGUGACAAACGGAAGGGCUCUUGGUGGGCCAACAUCAUCGAGAUAAACGAGUCCGAAUGGACGUGGGCGAUCUGUCGAAUGCGGCUGGAUUGGCUGGGAGAGCAGCCGUUCUUGGUCCACCUGGUGCUGAGUUUGUUGUCACCAAUACUAAUAGCAGCACUAAUUUAGCCGUUCACGCUAAUCCUGGAUGGUGGAGUACAAGUUCGACAAUCGUCACGGCACCACCAAACUCCGACGUGAUGAAUCAGCUGUGCAGAGUAUGCGGCGAGCCGGCGGCGGGUUUCCACUUCGGAGCCUUCACUUGUGAGGGUUGUAAGUCUUUCUUUGGACGUACCUACAACAACUUGGCAAGCAUAUCUGAGUGCAAGAACGGUGGGGUCUGCGUCAUUAACAAGAAGAAUCGAACAGCCUGCAAAGCAUGUCGACUUCGAAAGUGCCUGAUGGUUGGGAUGUCCAAAUCAGGUUCUAGGUAUGGCAGACGAUCUAAUUGGUUCAAAAUCCACUGUCUACUUCAGGAACAAUCACACCAAGCUCAACAAGCCCGCAUCAAGGAUCCAACGAAACCUUAUGAUAAAGUCUUAAAUUCAUUAGAUGCAGCCAAUAACAACUCUAACAACUUUCCAGCAGCAUCAGCUGCUAAUUCAACUGUCAUUCAAGACAGAAUCAAGAGUGAAGAUCCAAGAACUCAAUCACCAAGACUACCGAUUCCACGACCUGAUAUGCUUGCUCAUGAUCUCCUCCGACCAGCUGUCACCAGGUUUCCAUUGUGGAGAGGACCACCAUUCUUCCAUCCAGCUCUCAGCCACAUGCAGCUACUCAAUGCACCAUUUUUUCCCUUUCCACAAAGGUUUAUGGUACCGUAUGCUAAUCAAGUUUCACAAUUACCCGUUACGAGUAUAUCAAGCUCUUCAAGCGAGAGUGUAUCUCCAAGAUCAACUCCAUCACCAAGAAGGUAUACUGAAAGUCAGCCAAGAGAUAGUCCAGAAGUAAGUGAUAAGAGUUUGGCUUUCUUUAGGUCUCUGGGACCCGAACAAGAUGAACCCAUGGAUUUGAGCAGAAAGUCCUUGGAAACCACUGAAGAAGAUGAUCCAGUUUUCCAGGAAAGUAUCCCAGAGAAAAGUCAGGUUAUUGAUAAUCUUGAAAACGAUGUGGUUGAAUCAGAAACUGGACCACCUUUGGAUCUCACCUGGAAGACAUGACAAUUGUUCUCGGAUGGAAGAAGAGGCGAGAAAAAUAAUAAUUCAUUAGAAAAUAGUCGUGACAGGUGUUGGGAUCGGUAGUCGAUCGUGUGCUUGAUAUUCAAGACUUACUGCAAGAUGUUACGAUGGAUGGAUGGUGUACCUGAUAGGUUUCUCUUGUGGAGUUAUUGCUGCAAGUGUCUUCUUCAUCCAAUUUAUUUCUUCUGGGUUCAUCAUCAUUUAUACGUUGGUCAUUUAUUCAUUGAGGAAAGGUUUUUCUUCAUGAUUCUAUCCAAGUGCGUGUGAUUCUUUCACUCGUCUUUAAUGUCAUUUAUAAUGUCACGGGAAUGACUUUUCCAUCGUGUUUAUUGCUAAAGUUCUGUUUUAAAAAGCCGACAGAAUUUCGUUUUUUCCUCAUUUUUCACGACAGUAAAAAUGUUAUUAAUUGAUAAAAAGAUUUUCUAUUCGAUUCUGUAUUAUAUUUACUGCUCAAGUGUUUAUUAUUUAUAAUGACAUAAUUAACAAGAUAAUACGUGAUUUUAAGUGGAAAUCGAGGCCAGUAUAAAGACUAAGGGGUGUGUAAAUA